CUCAAGUGCAUAACGCACAUGAGGAGGAUAUUGCACAGAAACGUGCGAACGCAUCUGGAAACUUCUAGUCGAACGCCAGUCAUUGAUAAUUAACCACUUCUACCAGCAUUUAUCUCUCAAACCAGAGACAGUUAAUAAUUUUUAACAACAGUAGCUGACAGGAUGUCUGUCAUUGAGGAAGAGCGCGUACGCGGCAGUGUUUUUAAGGACAUUAAUGCUGAAGAUGAAGACGUUCAACCUACAGUGAUCGAGAGUUUGUGCAUGAACUGUUUUGAAAAUGGAAGCACGCGCCUUCUACUUACGAAGAUCCCAUUCUUUAAAGAAAUAAUUGUCAGCUCCUUCACAUGUCCACACUGCAACUGGACCAACACAGAAAUCCAGUCUGCCGGGCGGAUACAAGAGCAGGGUGUCCUGUACACUUUACAGGUGAAGACCAAAGAGGACAUGAACCGAGAGGUUGUGAAGUCUGACAGUGCGUUGACCAGAAUUCCAGAACUUGAUUUUGAAAUUCCUGCCUUUACACAGAAGGGCUCAUUAUCAACAAUUGAAGGUCUCCUGAACAGAGCAGUGGCGGGUUUAGAACAAGACCAGCCAGUCAGAAAGGCAACAGAUCUAGCCGUAGCUGAAAAAAUAGAGGAAUUCAUCCAGAGGUUGAAAAAACUAAAAGAUGUUGAAGAGGAAUUCACACUAAUUAUCGAUGAUCCAUCUGGGAAUAGUUUUAUUGAGAACCCAUUUGCACCUCAGAAAGACAAAGCUCUUUCUAUUACGCAUUACAAGAGGUCACCUCAAAACAACGCUGCUCUAGGAAUAGAGGUAGAAGAGGAACAGGAAGAUGAAAAGCCUGGCAAUGAUCUAGACACCAUGAGAAAUGAGGUAUUAGUGUUUAACACUAACUGCCCAGAAUGCAACGCCCCAGCCAAUACAAACAUGAAGCUUGUCCAAAUUCCACACUUCAAAGAGGUUAUUAUAAUGGCUACUAAUUGUGACAGUUGUGGACAUCGCACUAAUGAGGUGAAAUCAGGAGGAGCCACAGAAGAUCAGGGAACUAGAAUAACACUCCACUUAACAGACUCCUCAGAUAUGUCCAGAGACCUGCUUAAGUCAGAGACGUGUGGCGUGUUGAUUCCUGAGCUGGAGUUUGAGUUGGGAAUGGCGGCUCUUGGAGGAAAGUUCACAACCCUAGAGGGACUUCUCAAGGAUAUCAAAGAACUGAUUGUUUCGAAAAACCCCUUCAUGUGUGGAGACAGUUCUACUGCGGACAGAGCAGAGAAACUAGAGCUUUUUGGGCAAAAGAUUGACAAGAUAAUUGCAGGAGAAAUGGAUGUUCAUAUUAUCCUGGAUGAUCCAACAGGGAAUAGUUAUCUUCAGAAUGUUUAUGCCCCAGAUCCAGACCCAGAAAUGAAGAUCGAAAGGUACACUCGAACUUUUGAGCAGAAUGAAGACUUGGGUCUAAAUGACAUGAAAACAGAGGGGUACGCAGAGGCGUAGGUUUAGAGUCAAAUGUACGAUGGAGGAGAGCAAUUAUAUGGAUAAUUGUGUCAAAGCCUUUAUAUAACUUUGUUUAUUACAAUAAAAGUUAAAAGUGAAUUAAAUAAAGUCACAAGCACUUGUGAAAACUGGUUGAAUUAUCAUUUGAGGGGAAAGAAAAGUACUAUUUUUGCUUAAGACGGAGUACAUGCAAGGGGCUGAGUUUUCCUUGCUGCAUUUGAAAUUGUGUAAUGUUUCGGCCAGCUUGUUUAGGAGGCUCUUAUGUUAAUUACAGUCUAACACAAUUGUUACAAGAUUAUGAGGUACUUAACUACACUUAAUAAAGUAGUCUUAAGUUAACCCCACUAUGAAUGUGAAUGAUGUGGAUGCAUUUUGUUCAUACACAAGGCUGUAUGUAUAUUCAUAUAUCAUUUAUGGAUCAUUUGUACAAUAAAAUUGUUUCAACAGUGUUGAAACACUCGACAAAUAAUGGUGCUGAUCUAGUUACUUCACCUUAUUUUCCAGGUAGAAAUCUUCUACCUCCACGCCAUAAAGCCCAAAGACAAUGUUAUAGCUGAGAAUACAUUUACGAUAGUGCUGGAACAUUCACUUGAACUGUUAAAGGAAUUUUACUGGUUUAACACACGUUACACUCAAUUGACAGCAUUGUGGCGUAAUGUUUAUUAGCACAAAAAAGAAUUGACUAUUUCUUCAUUUUACUCUCUCCUCUCCACCAAUAGUUGGUGUGUCGUGGGCUUACUGGCGCACUAUGGCUUCUGUCGCAUCAUCCUGGUAGAUGCUGCACACUGGUUGUGGUUGAGGAGAGUCUCCUGUUCACUGUGUGAAACGCUUUGAGUGUAGUAUAAGAAAAGAGCUAUAUCAGUGUAAAAUUCAUUAAAAGAAAAAAAAAGAAUUUUAUGGGACUUACAAUGUAAGUGAAUGGGGCCAAUCCAUAUAAAAAAAAACCUCACUGUUACAAAGGUUUAGCCACAAAAUUUAAACAUUGUGUUAACACUGAAAUGUUGGCAUAUUGGACAUAACUUUAGAUAAUGUUAAUAAGUGUAUUUAUCACACUAAAUCCAUAUUAACACAAUGUUUACACUCUGGUUCAAAAGUAUAGCUACAAAACGUAAACAACACAAUAUUAGUGCGAUAAAACCAGGGAUUUAGCAGCGUUAAAAUGGUUACUAGAUUACAAGUUUUACUAUGAAACGUCAUCAUAACAAUGAAGUUGUACCAUUGGAUAGCCUAUAACUUAAGACGGAUGCGUAAGUGAAUUUAUUACACCAUGUUAACACAUUGUUUAAAAAUCAUAGCUACAAAAUAUAAACAUUAUGUUAAAGGAAUAGUUCACCCAAAAGUGAAAAUUCUCCCAUCAUUUACUCACCCUCAUGCCAUCCCAGAUGUGGAUGACUUUCUUAUGCAGAACACAAAGGUUUGUAGAAGAAUAUCUCAGCUCUGUAGGUCCAUACAAUGCAAGUAAAUAGUGAUCAAAACUUUGAAGCUCCAAAAAGCAGUGCAAAAGAAAGCCAUAUGACUCCAGUUGUUUAAUCCAUGUUUCCUGAAGCAAUAUGAUAGUUGUGGGUGAGAAACAGAUCAAUGUUUAUGUCCUUUUUUACUAUAAAUCUCCACUUUCACUUCCACAUUCUUCUUUUGGCGAUUUGAAUCUUCGUUCAUAUCGCCACCUACUGGUUGUAGCUGGUCAAAGGUGGAGAUUUAUAGUAGAAAUUGACUUCUCACCCACACCUAUCAUAUUGCUUCAGAAGACAUGGACUGAACCACUGGAGUCUUAUGGAUUACUUUUAUGCUGCCUUUGGAGCUUAAACGUUCUAGUUACCAUUAACUUGCAUUGUACGAACCUGCAGAGCUAUUAGUCUAAAAAUCUUUGCAUUCAGCAGAAGAUGGAAAGACAUUCACAUCUGGGAUGGCAUGAUGGAGUAAAUAAGAAUUCCUCGAGGUGUGCUAUUUUUUUAAUAAAUGAGGGCCAAAUCCAGAUUAUGUGUUGUGGUAAUCAACAUUAUGCCACAAAUCUUGGCAAUUUAGAUUAACUUGUAUCAUACCAGAACAUUUCUUUAAUACUGUACCACACU